CCCUAUAACGUUACAAAAGCAGGAACGAUUGUCUCAGCUCCCAAGUUUCAAAGAAAGAAGCACUUCUCCUUUCCAAUAUCUUCCUCCACCACAAAAAAGCUUUCAGAGCCUGCAAACUCCCACUGUUUUGUCCAUAGUUUCAUUUCUCUGACACAGAAAGUUUCAUCUCUCUGCUCUGCUUCCAUGUCCAUACUCAAAGAGCUUCUUCUCCUCUCUCCCUCAGCUCUUCUUCUGCUCGUCAUCUUCUUCUAUCUCUCCAGAUACAACCGAAAGCAGCCCAAUCUACCACCCGGCAGCCAUGGCUUCCCGAUUGUUGGCGAAACCUUUGCCUAUCUCAAGCCUCACUGUGCCACCACCAUAGGGCAAUUCAUGGAGCAACACAUAAACAGGUACGGGAAGAUCUAUCGGUCAAAUUUGUUCGGAGGGCCGACGAUCGUGUCAGCAGAUGCCGGUCUGAACCGGUUCAUCCUACAGAACGAGGGCCGAUUUUUCGAAUGCAACUACCCCAAGAGCAUUGGAGGAAUACUGGGAAAGUGGUCGAUGUUGGUUCUGGUGGGAGAGAUGCAUCAGAGCAUGAGAACCAUAUCCCUUAACUUUCUCAGCAGCGCCCACCUCCGCGCCGUCCUCCUGCCGGAGAUCCAGCGGCAGACCCUCAUGGUGAUCGCCGGUUGGAAGGAGGGAGUCGCCUUCUCUGCACUACAGGAAGUUAAGAAGUUUACUUUCAAUUUAAUGGCGAAGAAUAUGAUGAGUUUGGAGCCAGGGGAGCCUGAAACUGAGAAGCUGAGGAGGGAGUACAUAACGUUCAUGAAAGGGGUGGUCUCUGCUCCAUUAAAUUUUCCAGGGACCUCAUACUGGAAGGCUUUGAAGUCAAGAUCGAGCAUUCUGGGAGUGAUCCAGAAGAAGAUGGACGAGAGAAGUGGGAGGAUGAGGAUGAAGGAGGCGGGGGAAGAGAGAGAAGAGGAGGAUGACCUGAUGGGCUGGGCCUUAAAACAGUCUUCUCUCUCUAAGGAGCAGAUAAUGGAUCUUCUUCUCAGUCUCCUAUUUGCGGGCUAUGAGACUUCUUCAAUUGCCUUGGCCCUCACCAUUUUCUUUCUUGAAAGCUGUCCUAAAGCUGUUCAAGAGCUUAAGGAGGAACACUAUAAUAUUUUGAGGAAGAAGAGUGAAAGAGGGGAACAUGGGCUGAGCUGGGCUGACUAUAAGAAAAUGGACUUCACACAGUGUGUCAUAAAUGAAACACUCCGGCUCGGGAAUGUUGUUAGAUUUGUCCACCGGAAAGCAAUACGAGAUGUGCGAUACAAAGGUUAUGUCAUCCCAGCUGGCUGGAAAGUUCUUCCAGUAUUUGCAGCCGUUCAUUUAGACGAGGAGAUUUACACACAGCCUCACCAAUUCAAUCCCUGGAGAUGGAAGAAAUGCUCCGUAGGAACAACGACCAUGAGCAACUUCAUGGCAUAUGGCGGUGGCUCACGGCUAUGCGCGGGUUCAGAGCUGGCCAAGCUAGAAAUAGCAAUCUUCUUGCACCAUCUCGUACUCAAAUUUAGAUGGGAGCUGGCUGAGUCCGAUUGUGCCUUCGCCCAUCCGUUCCUAGAUUUCCAAAAAGGCCUUCCAAUCAAGGUUCAAGCCAUUCAAGAAACUACUAUAACAUAACUCCUGAUUACCUUCUAUAAUGACAUGUACUUUUAAUUAUUUUGUACUUCCUUUUUGUUGUUGAUAAUUGAUAUGUAUUGUAAUUUUAGAGCAAAACUAAGAAUAUAUAGGUGAUGGCUUGAGCUUUAAAUAAGAAUGGGUUGUGCUAAUUGAGCCAAUGCAUAUUUUACUCUUUUCUGGCUUAUAAGCUCUUCAUCUUAUA